AUGCCAGCAUCACAGCAGGAACCCAACUUGAGACACAUCAAGACGCUCAUUAUAGACAACUAUGAUUCUUACACCUUUAAUCUGUUGCAAUUAUUCAAUGAUACUACAAAUGUCAUGGUCAUUCGAAACGAUCAAUAUACCUGGCAAGAUUUUAUCGUUAAUAUAUUGCCUUUUUUUGACAAUGUCAUUGUAUCACCUGGGCCUGGAAGACCAGAGAGAUUUGAGGAUUUUGGCAUAUGCACAGAGCUGUUGAAGGCUCAAUUGGAUCCAAGCCAGUCUCAUCUACAUAGGCCUGUUUUUGGUGUUUGCUUGGGACAUCAGGGCAUUGGGUAUCUGCUUGGAGGCAAGGUAACUUAUGCACCAAGAAUCAUGCAUGGCCGUAUGUCGCAAGUGCAUCAUCAACAGCCAGAGAAUACAAGCUACAAGGACAUUUUGCAUCAAUGUCCCUCGCCAUUCUGGGCUGUGCGAUACCAUUCACUCGUAGUAGACAAGGAUUCACUGCCCGAGGACUUGAUGUUGACAGCUUACUGUUAUGAGAAUGACGCUGAUGUGGAUGCUUUGAAAAAUGCUACAUUUUUGGCAGAUGGAGAUAAGGAAGACACCAGUCGACACCACUAUUUGGGUCAUUCAGACAACGAAAACAAGAACACCAUGGUGACAGUGAUGGGAUUUCAGCAUAGACACCUGCCGCUGUGGGGCGUUCAAUUUCACCCUGAAUCCGUCUCUACGGAAGAAGGAGCUACCAUGAUUCGCAAUUUUCAGAGAGAAACUUACAGGUGGACGGUGGAAGAGGGGCAUCGAUCAUUUUUAAAUACGCCAUUGGAUGCCGAAUUACUGUUUCAUUCAGUAGCUAUACCCAAAUCAUUGAAAGCACCAUUACCAUUGAUGAAUCCAGCAAAGCAGCAAGUAGAAUUGCUGAUCAAAACCAGCUGUCAUCCGUGGGUGGAACCUGAACUGCUAGUAGACGAACUGCUAUCCAAUCCACACGCAGAGCGAUAUAUGGGAUGGCUGGACAGCAGUAGAAGUGCAUCGCCCUAUUCUCAAAUGUCUGUGUUAUCCACUAACCCGGCUGUCAUGCUAACUUACUCCACAUUGCAUCGACAAGUUUACACCACCACACGAGCAGGCCAGUCAACCAUCGCAGCAUUGGAAAGUGGCACCUUCUUUGACUACGUCUCUCACAUGCUGAACCAGUACAACAAGAUUAUUGCUCGCACUGUAGAAGGGGGAGAGCCUCCUGUCGAUCUUGAUUUUCAAGGCGGUCUUAUUGGCUAUUUCGGCUAUGAGAUGAAGCGAGAAAGCAUGGACGGUUACAGUAUACCUGUAGAACAAACGUGUGCCUGUCCUCAUCACCAGCACGACGCGCAACAGCAACAGCGCAACUGCUGUCUCUGUGUAGAAGAGCCAGAUGCAGCAUUUCAAUUUGUCGAUCAGUUCUUGGUCUUUAAUCAAGUGAAGCGAGAAAUCUACAUCUGCUGUCUGGUCGUGCCGGAUCAACCACUCAUUGGAUUCAAUCACCAGCAGCAAGCCAAAGCGUGGAUCGAGGAACAGGAAAGCACACUAUUGAAAACUGCACAACUCAUUUUGAAGCGUAGAGCAUUGGAUGAAAUCAGCCUGCCAAGCACAUCUACAACACCUACACCAUCCGUUAACAUUGCGACUGCAACCAACCUUUUCCAAGCAGAUGCUGAGCAUGAAGCGUACUUGAAGAGCAUACAGCAAUGUAUCGACAAUAUCAAGGAAGGCGAGUCAUACGAGAUUUGUCUCACAACGCGUUUCCGUUUACAACUGCCCAAGCACAUCACUACACAAGCCGAUGAUCCUACACUAUGGCGUCUCCAUACUCGCUACUUGAGAAAGAACAACCCUGCCCCAUUCUCUGCGCUCCUGAUGUUUCCAGGCAUGGGCCUCUUGAGCUCAAGUCCAGAGCGAUUUUUGAAAAUUAGCAAGGACCAUGUCGCUGAAAUGAAGCCCAUCAAAGGUACCAUGGCGCGUGUACUAAAGUGUGUCUGCCCAGACGGUGAGUGUGAUUUUGGCGUCGACUGUCAAGAGAGACAAACCAUGAGGGACAAUGAGAGAAAGCAGCACCUGUGGCAAGAUGUCAAGGAAAGAGCAGAGAAUCUCAUGAUUGUGGAUUUGAUUAGAAACGACUUAGCUCAAGUGUGUGAACCUAGCAGCGUGUGUGUGCCUAAAUUAAUGCAUGUAGAGACAUACGAAAAGGUGCAUCACUUGGUGUCUACGAUUCGAGGUACAUUGCAUCCCCAUGUCAACAGUGUAGAGGCUCUGCAAAAGUGCUUUCCUCCUGGAUCCAUGACAGGUGCUCCUAAAUUGAGAUCUGUGCAAAUACUGGAUCAAUUAGAGCAACACAAGCCCCGCGGCGUCUAUUCAGGCUGCUUGGGCUACUUUUCAUUGAACGGCAGUGCUGAUUUCAACGUAGUGAUCCGUACUGCGGUAGCCUCGACCAAGGCAGAUGGCACAGUGGAGACUUCAGUAGGAGGUGGUGGUGCCAUUACGUUCUUAUCUGAUCCCGAGCAAGAAUGGAAAGAAACACUGUUAAAGACAAAGAGUGUAGCACCAAGUGUGAAAGAGUUUCUUGAAGAUCAGUAG